AUGGUUAGUAUGUCGAGUCUUUUCGGCGAGAUAUGUCAAUUAUUUUGUUGUCCUCCAAGACCUUCGCAUAUUGUGGCAAAAUUAGCAUUUUUACCACCACCACCAACUUAUUCAAUCAUAGCAUCAGCUAAUGAUUCCACAUGUUGCAUUGAGUUUAAGCCUGAGGCUGGUUGGCAAAUAUCCGAGGACAUAAAAUCUAAAUUGACGGUAUUCUAUACUUUGACAAAGCGUCAAUCUCGAAUCGUUUGUAUGCAUAUCCCAGCAAAUUCAGUCAUGUCACCUUCACAGUUCUCAUCAAAUAUAUCCUCUCGUUAUGGUUUUUCUACUCAAUCAAGAAUGAGGAGUCCUGCACUCAGUGUUAGUUGUCCAACUCUUACAGAUGAAGGUCGAUUUGGAUCAGUCCAACCUAUCUCACCACAUCAAACAACCUAUACGGUAUUAUUUAGUCAUGGAAACGCAGUUGAUAUUGGUCAGAUGGCUGGAUUUCUUCAAUCUUUGGCAUAUCGUUUCAGUGUAAAUAUUUUAUGCUAUGAUUAUUCCGGUUAUGGUGGUAGUUCUGGUCAACGAUUAGAAGAGAAUUUAUACGCUGAUGCUGAUGCAGUAUUGAAUGAAUUACGUGAACGAUUUAAUGUACCACUUGAUCGGAUUGUAUUAUACGGACAAAGUAUUGGAACUGCUCCUACAGUUGAAUUAGCUACUAAGUACAAAGUUGCUGGUGUUGUUCUUCAUUCACCAUUUAUGUCCGGUCUACGUGUUGUCUGUCCUGGUACAACUAGACGCUUCUGUUUUGAUCCAUUCACAAACAUUGAUAAAGUAUCUCGAAUUCUUUCACCAACAUUAAUUAUUCACGGGACUGAUGAUGAAAUUAUUGGUAUAGAUCAUGGCAAAGAAUUAUAUUCUCGACUUACUAAUCCUCUUGAACCAGCAUGGAUUGAAGGAGCAGGUCAUAAUGAUAUUGAAUUAUUUUCUGAGUAUGCAACUCGUUUAGAUCGAUUUUUCAAUGAAGAUAUCGUGGAUGCACAGUUUAGCCGAAGUCCAUCAAAUAUAAUCUCUUCUGUAGAAGAAUCUCUUCAUGUUGAAGAAACUCCAGAUCUUAGUCAAAAAAUAUCACCUUCAUGGCAAUCAGAUCAUACGAAAUUUUCUAGUAUGUUAAAAAAUAAUGGUAUUUCCAGUUCGCAUUCAUCAACUUGUGAUAAUAUCUCUGAAGUUCCUGAUGGUAUUGCUGCUAUGAAUACAGCAACAUCCAGUGUAUCGACAACGUCUACUUCAAGUGUAACAGCUGCACAAAAUCUUGAUUUUGUGGCUGAUGGUUGUGACACUGCAAGCAUUUCUAAGGACAAUAAUGACAAGGAUAACACAAAUAAUACAGUCUCACCUUCAACUGACUAUCCAGAUACUUUAAAUAAUAAUCCAAAUGUUAAUGAUUUACGCUUUCUUAACUACCAUGAUAAACUGUUUCAAUUUUUUAUUCAUGGAUUUGAAUGA